AUGAACAGUUGGAAAGAGAAAAUAAAGAGAAAGAAACCAAAUAUCUGGAUCUCUACAUGGAAAAUUCCUAGUAACAUGAGAAAAUAUGCGAGUUGUAGAAUCAAUUAUAAGCAAAUCCUUUUUUAUUCGAGACAGUCGAGUAAUGUCAAUCAAUAGUAAUAACAUGAGAAUACUGAAAUAAUAAUGAAUCUCGAAAAAAAGAUUGCUGAGCUGUAAUUGAAUCUAUAGAAAUAGGAAAGGGACUCCUCAUUCAAGGAUGAAGAGCUAAAAAAUAUGAGAAAAUUUGCGAAAGAAGCAGCUGAGUAAUUGCAACCUUUGAAAGAUAAGGAGAAUGAGUACUUGAGAAUCAUUCAAGAUAGAGAUUUAAUUAUUCAACAAAAGGAUGAAUAAAUGAUAUAUCUGAAUUCUUAAAUAGAUGGUAUUAGAUAAGAAUAUUUGCAGAAGAUCAAGUACCUCGAAUAAGAACUCAAUCUUAAAAAUAUGGAAACAAACUCCUUAAUUGACAUUAAAUUAAACAAUGAGUAGGAAUUCGAAAAGAAAGAAAAGACGAUUCUGAGUUUAGAGUAGAAAAUUCAAGACUUAGAUGAAAAGAUAAAAGAUUAAGAUAUUGCUUUGAAAAAAAUGGGAGAGACUCUAUUUAGUAAAGGCGUGGAAAAUAAAAGAUUAGUCGAGAUUGUCAAUGAAUUCAAGAAUGAGCAUUUGUUCUCUAAGGUAAUGGGCCAGAAAUAUUCAGUCCAAAAAAUAGGUUCUCUAAAAAAUGAAGAUUUAAUUGAUGGACAGUAUUUCAUAGAUAUACUAAAACAGAAGGGCUAAAAAUUGGUUAAAUAGAUUUGCAUAGCUGAUAUAUAUGCAUUUAAAAACCUUUAAGCCACUAAAUUUGAGCUGACAUAUUAUUCCAACAAAAGGGGAACUUUGUUUUUUGGCAAAGGUGAGCAGCUUAAAAGUGAAUAAUUCCAGAGUAGACAUCUUGCUGAUAUCUAAGAGACAAUAAGUCAGAUAUAAAAUCUAAUUGAACAGGAAGACUACAAACUUGAUGAACAUUUUGAACAAAAUAAAUCGUAGUCUGGUAUUAGAAUGCAGUUUACAAGAAAAAAUAAAUUCAGAGAUGAAAAAGAUGAUGAGGAGAGUAAAAGUAGUGAUGAAGAUAAGUUUGUUUAUGUCAAAGCUAAUCAAAAGUAGUAAGAGGUUAUUCAACACAAUUACAUCUCGGAUGACCAUCAUAAUUAAUCAGACGAUGAUUAUGACGACGAGGAAAGCGAUGAAAGCUAGAACUCUCUUUGA